GGGCUGCUGUCAGUCAGCAGGUUUGAAAACAACAGCCUCACUUUGGAAACAUCCUCUGAUCUAAACGUGUUUUACACACUAAUGGGAGACUAAACAUACAGAAUCACACGGUUGUAUCCAAAGGAUUUGUUUACGGGCUUUGAGGACUUCCCCCGAUGUGGCAGUGACGUGACCGUGAACUAAAAUGAAAGGGGAAGUGAAACUUUAGACAGUUAACACGAAGAUACGAGACACAAACUCCGGAGUUGACCAGUUGCCUACCGCGUCUCCAGACCGGGUCAACAUGACGUCAGCAAAGUACCUGUACUUCAUCUUGACUAAAAAGCCAGAGACGCUCUAUAGCUCUGUGAAAGCUGGGCGCAUCUGUUACAUCUCUGAGUACAACCACAGUCAGUCCCAGUCCCGCACCAAGCUGCCGGUCUUCUUCGUGGGCUCCUUGUCUGCUCUGGAUUAUGAACUGGAGCUCAACUGCUUGAAGGAGUUGAGCUCAGAGGAGGCCAAGCUGCUGCUGGCCGUCCCCGACGAUGCUGACAGGCUGAUAAUGUCCAGAGACAGAGAAGCUCUACAGACGGCGCUGGACCUCACCCUGGAAACUGUUGUGACUGUGGAGGAAGAUGGGAAGAGGCUGAGAGGCAUUAUCCGCUACAUCGGACCCCUAGAUGAGUCCCGCCCCAUAAGUGGGACAUUCUUCGGGAUCGAACUACAGGGAGCAGACAGAGGGAAGGGCGUCACCGACGGGAAGUAUAAGUUCAUAACCCGUUUCUCCUGUGAGAAAAAAUGCGGCGUCUUUGCUCCGUUCUUCAGAAUCAGGCCAGUGGUCCCCACCUCCCUGUCCCCCCCCGUCUGUGACGCCCCCACCGAGCUCCACACAGACGAGCUGUGUCCGGGAGACAGAGUCACCUACUUCGUGGGAGGCGAGUGUCGCCACGGGAUGGUGGUGGACGUGCAGCAGGAGGGCGGGAAGCACACGGUCCGCAUCUCCACCGACACGGAUGAGACAGGGAAGAGAGGAGGAGAGGUCUUUGUCCCCCUGGACCUGGUUGCUAAAGGAGAGGUGCCUGCAGGGUUCACCGUCAUGGACGUGGACGAGCCGCCGUUAGAGCCGGACCCCGGGCUGUUCAUGGGUAUCAACUCCAUGGUGGAGGUCACGUUGGGCGUGCCCAACUCGUACGGCAUCAUCCGCUGGAUGGGCACCCUGCCGGAGCGGGCCGAGACCAUGGUCGGGCUGGAGCUGGAGGACAACAAUGGCGUGAGCGACGGCACCUUCAAGGGCAAGCGUCUCUUCCACUGUCCUCCCAAGAGAGCUCUGUUUGUGAAGCUUAGCUCCUGCCGUCCCGACUCGCGCUUCCAGAAUCCCGACCCAUCACAGCCCGUCGACUGCAGCCAGACCCCGGGGGAGCUGGACGACACGGAGAGGGAUGCGGGAUACGGCGAGUGGAACCCGGAGACGGCUCCUCCGGUGAGCACAGAGCAGGUCAACCAGCUCCUGAUUGGACGGAUGAAGGGAAUCCAGGGCCACUGCAACUCCUGCUACAUGGACGCCGCCCUGUUCGGCUUGUUCUCCUGCUCGUCCGUGUUAGACUCCAUGCUGUUCAAGUCCACCGGCCCCCAGGACGCCCCCAUCCAGCGGACGCUGCUCCACGACAUCGUGGCGCCGCUGCGCAGCAAGGGCUUCGUGGAGGGCCGGCACAUCAUGAAGCUGCGACAGCUGCUGCAGAACCUGGGCUACAGCAACUCCUUCACCACCGACGAGAAGGAUCCGGAGGAGUUCCUGAUCGUCAUCAUGCACCACAUCCUGGCCCUGGACCCCCUGCUGAAACUAUCGGCUGCUGGUAAAGUGCAGGAGAGCUACUGCUACCAGAUCUUCCUGGAUCAGAACCACAGCCUGGUUCUGCCCACCGUCCAGCAGCUGCUGGAACAUUCCUUCCACAGCUCGGGGCUCAAGCUGGCCGAGGUGCCGUCCUGCCUCAUCCUCCAGAUGCCUCGCUUCGGGAAGAAAUUCAAGAUGUUUGACAAAAUCAUUCCGUCCCUGGAGCUGGACAUCACCGCCCUGCUGUCGGAGGGGCCUCAGCAGUGCAUGCUGUGUGGGAAGCUGGCGGUGGAGGAGUGCGCCGACUGCUUUAAGGACCCCGUCUUCAGCUCCACGGGGUUCAAGAUCUUCUGCAGCACGUGUUCGGCUCAGGUGCACUCCCACCCGCAGCGGCACUCCCAUAAGCCCGCUGCCCUGGAGAUCCCUAAGGGCUACCGGGGCUUCAGCGUCCCCCGCGCCCUGACCCGAGACCGGCUGGAGCUGUUCGCCGUCCUGUGCAUCGAGACCAGCCACUACGUGUCCUUCGUCAAGCACGGGCCCGACAGCCACGACUGGAUCUUCUUCGACAGCAUGGCCGACAGAGAAGGGGAGCGGGACGGCUACAACAUCCCGGAGGUGCGCGCCUGCCCCGAGGUCGGCGACUACCUGGAGAUGUCGCCCGCCGAGCUGGCCAAUCAGGUGCCCAGAGACAUGAGGGGCGUGGCCAAGCGGCUGUUCUGCGACGCCUACAUGUACCUGUACCAGAGCACCAGCAUGUGCCUCUACCGCUGAAGCUUCGCUUUCUCAUUCCUGUUUUCUCAAAUGGAAUUAUUUUUGUUUUGUUGAUGUGCAGGAAGGAAAAAAAAAAGUGCGCACACUUAAUUACGAGUAUAGAUGAUUUUCUUCCAUGGUAUGGAGAAAGGAUUAAAGGGUUUGAUGACUGCUUGUGAUGUAGUUCAGCAGCGCUGUAACCGGCGGCGGCGGUGGUGUUCAGUUCUACUCUGGGUUAAAACCAGUUUAUAAUCCCUGAGUACGUUAUAAAAGCAGCUGCACGCCGCCUUUGUAAAUACUGUCCGAACCAGACGGUGGAUGCAGCACAGUUUGUUUUAUAAUUCACCUCAGGAAAUGGAUUGUUGCCUCUUCGCAUUAAAACAAUGCUCUUUUCCAUUCUAAUGAAUGAUGUUUGGGGUAAUUUUGGGAUCCUGCAAAGUUUUGAAAGUUGCACUUAAAAGGUUCGGGUUCCUGUCCAAACUUUUUCCACUGAAAUUUAAUGGUUUUCUUGUGCUUGUAAUUGUUAUAAAUAUAGUACAAUUAAUAUAACCAUUAAAGAAAGUAUC